AUGACGGACCCGCUCGACCUCGCCCUCGACCUGAUGCGGCGCAUGCCGCCCUCGUCGUCCGAGUCCAACCUGGACCUCCUCGUCGGCCUCCUACCCAACUACGGCGAGGAGCUCGUCUCGUCCGUCGACCACCCGCUCCGCGUCAAGGUCGACGACAGCCAAGAGGGCGCCGGACGCGAGUACCUCUGCUGCGACUACAACCGAGAUGCGGAUAGUUACCGCAGCUGGAUCUCCAACACCUUCCACCCGCCGCUCGACCUUGACCCGAGCCAGAGCAUCGAUGGCCAGCCUGGAAACUUGCCCAGCCCCGUCCUACGCCAGCUCGAGAUCAAGGCAAACGAGGUGUUUGAGACGUAUACCAAGCUCUACUACGACUCGGCGCUCUCGAGCGUAUACCUCUGGGACCUCGAGGCAGAGCCCAGCGUCUUUGCCGGGUCCAGCGUCGGCUCUCAGGCUCCCUCCACGUUUGCCGGCGUCAUCCUGAUCAAGAAGGCCAUCGGCGAUGCGGCGAGCGGCAACGGCACGUUUGGAUCCUGGGACUCGCUCCACGUCUUUGAGGCCACCGAGCAGCCGGGCGCCGCGCCAAAGGGCGGGCUGGCGGGCGCAACGGGCGCAGCCAAAAAGGCCAUCCCGAGCGCCAGCUACAAGCUCACCUCGACCGUCAUGCUCAGCCUGGGCCGCAGGGAGGACGAAAAGCCCGGCGCCGAGUCGCACCACCAGUCGGGGCAGCCUUCGUCGUCGUCGACGACCAAGCUGGGCACCAUGGAGAUUGCCGGCAGCCUGACCCGGCAGACCGAGGGAGACUACCCGCUGCCCGACUUUGUCUCGCACCUCGCCAACGUCGGCAAGCUGGUCGAGGACGUCGAGUCGAGGAUCCGAAGCCAACUGCAGGGAGUCUACUUUGGCAAGACGCGCGACGUCGUCUCGAACCUGCGCAGCACCCAGUCGCUCGAGCGCGAAAAGCACGCGCGCAACCUGCAAAAGGAGCUCAUGGGCCUGUGGAAGCGGGCGCCUGCCCAGCCGACGUCGGACGAGUAG